AAGUUUGAACUGCUAAUCUAAUAUGAAGAACUCUAAGAUACGUACUAUUAUUUGACGUUUAACCCUUGAAAAUGGCAAAUAACCAGAAUCAUGGAACACCAAUGGAGGAAUUGGGGGGCAAUGGCAAGGUGGCCUCUCCGCCCCAAGGCUGCAUGAAGGUUUUCAUUCAGAGAGAUUAUUCUGAAGGAACUUCUGUGAAGUUCCAGACCAAAUUCCCCCAGGAGCUUAAUGGCAAGAUAGAGCCAAGCAUAUUUGAGCAAAUGCUGAACACCGUCAACAGCAUGUAUGCUGAAGCAGAACAAAUGUCUUGCGGCCGUUACUGUGAGGGCUGCCUUGGCUGUCUCACAGCUUACCUUAUUUUCUUUUGUCUUGAGACUCACUAUGAACAGAUGAUGAAGAAAGUAACAAAGUACAUCGCGGAGCAGAACGAGCGAGUCUGGGUGCCCAGGGGUCUCUUCAUCACCAACCCC